ACUGCUAAUCGCGAAUUGACGACUUGAGUCUCGGCGCGCGUCUCGAUAUCUCCCGUUUUUCAAAUUCCCUCCUCCACGCAUGCGCGCAAUAGGUGAGCCAGCUCCAAGUCCAAGAUGGAUGCGCCCUUGGACGGCCGACAGUGAUUAUUGUCUAUUGACUUUUACGACUCUAAUUUACAAGAAAUUAGUAAUUACAGCCAUCGUACGCCACAUAUCCUAUCGGAAGCAACACUGGUCCUCCAAUGAAGAGUCGGAGGAACCAAGACAAAUUCACAGAUCUAUGAAUGUUGUUACUUGUGAUUGGUGCAAGUUACAGUCAGCAAAAUGAAUCAUAUCAAAUUUGAAAAGGCCAGAGCUGAUGACGUAGAUAUGGAGACUAGUAGGGCUCAAGUUUUAAACAUUUCCAGAGAAGAUUCGGACAAGAAGACCCAUUUUAAGGUCAUCCAUUAUGUGAUGGAAGCAGGAAUCAAAUUACACUUAGAAUCAGUGACAUUGGCAUCUGCAUGCUGCAUAUACCAUCGAUUCUUUGCAGAGUGUGAGCUUAGCAAUUAUGAUCCGUAUUUGAUAGGGGCAACUGCUAUCUACCUGGCUACCAAAGUUGAAGAGCAGCAUGUGAAACUUCGAGACAUCAUUAAUGUGUGCUACAGGAUUCUACAUAAGGAAGAAACACCCUUGGAAGUGGGCAAACAAUACUGGGAACUCAGAGACAGUGUAGUCAACUGUGAACUACUCUUAAUCCGUAUGCUCAAGUAUAACCCAAAGAUCGGUGACCUACCCCACAAGUACCUUGUACAUUACCUGAAGUCCCUUUCAAACUGGAUGGACAGAAGUGUUUGGGAUCAUACACCAGUCUGUCGGACAGCCUGGGCCAUGCUGAGGGAUAGCUAUCACAGUGACAUCUGCCUUCAUACCAAACCUCAACACAUGGCUGUAGCUGUAAUCUACUUUUCUUUACAAUGUUAUGGUCUGGAGGUGCCACUCAAUGAUGAGGCAGUCAAUCCAUGGUGGAAGGCCUUCUCCGAUGACAUUAAUGAGGAAAGUAUCCAAAGGAUCAUCACUGAACUCAUUGAACUGUAUGAACUGGAUGAUAAAAGGUGACCUCUAUCAUUGAACUCAUUGAACUGGAUGAUAAAAGGUGACCUCUGUUGUUGAACUCAUUGAACUGGAUGAUGAAAGGUGACCUCUAUCACUGAACUCAUUGAACUGGAUGGUAAAAAGUGACCUCUAUCACUGAACUCAUUGAACUGGAUGAUGAAAGGUGACCUCUAUCACUGAACCCCUUGAACUGUACAAACUAGAUCAUAAAAAGUGACAUCAAACACUUAUCUCAUUUAUGAACUGACCAGUAUGAGUUGGAUGACAAAGAUAUCCUCAUUUUCAUUAACGACUCAGACCAGAGCCAAAAGUGAAGAAGCUACUUUGUACAACAAUAUUAGUUUUAUGCAUCUUCAGCACUUGAAAGCUGAGUAUUGUGUUUGAGAUAAACUCCAAUUAAUGGGUUUUGACAAGAGGUUUUUAUUGAGCUUUAUCACUGUCUGAAGUAAAUGAUGUCACCCUGUGUUAGGAGGAUUGUGAUUCCAUAGGUUUUUACAUAGAUAAUUUUUUUUUUUAUAUCCAGAUUAUGAAUUCAAUAUUAUUUUUUAAACUUGCAGAGGAAAAUGGCAUUGGCAAUUAUUCAUAUCUGAAAUAGAUGGAAACCAAUAGCUCUUCACUUUUUUUUAAUUUUUAUAUCAUUGUUUGGUCUGAAUUGCUUUGUCAGGAAAUGUUGUUACACAUAAUCUGAAUGGAGAUAUAAUUGGAAAGCUGCACCAUAUGAGCCAGAAAUGAAAUAUGGCAAAAACUAAUCCAAAGCUGUAGAUUUCAUCAAUUCAAGCUUGCAGGAAAAGAUGGUUAUGUAUCAUAACAAUCUGGAUGAAAAAUCAUCCAGUUUUUGUCUCGCCUGCAUAGCAGAGUGAGACUAUAGGUGCCACUUUUUCAACUGCAGCGGUGGCAUCAACACCAGAUCUUAACCGAAGGUAAUGUUUUUGAAAUGUCAUCAUUACUUAAAAAGUGUAUGGGCCUAGUUCAUGAAAUUGACAUAAUGGUUAUCAAGUAUUACUGAGCAUCCUGCCAGAGUUUGAUGUCACAUGACCAAGGUCAAAGGUCAUUUAGAGGUCAUUGAACUUAGAUCAUGUUGGGGGAAUCAACAUCAAAAUCUUAACCGAAGGUUAAGUUUUUGAAAUGUCAUCAUAACUUAGGAAGUAUAUGGGCCUAGUUUAUGAAACUUGGACAUAAAGUAAUCAAGUAUUACUAAACACCCUGCCUGAGUUUUAAGUCACAUGACCAAGGUCCAAGGCCAUUUAGGGUCAACAAACUUUGGCCAUGUUUGGGGUAUUUGUUGAUUUACAUCAUAACUUGAAAGUUCAUGGAUCUGGUUCAUGAAACUUGGACUAAGAGUAAUUAAGUAUCACUGAACAUCCUUUGGGAGUUUCAGGUCACAUGACCAAGGUCAAAGGUCUCUAGGGUCAAUGAACUUAGAUCAUGUUGGGGUAUUUGUUGAAUUGCCAUCAUAACUUUGAAAGUUUAUAGAUCUAGUUAAUGAAACUUGGAUUUAAGAGCAAUCAAGUAUCAGCAAACAUCCUGUGCAAGUUUCAGGUCACAUGACCAAGGUAAAAGGUCAUUUAGGGUCAACAAACUUUGGCCAGGCAUGUUGGAGGUAUUUACUGAAUUGCCAUUAUAUAUUGUAACUUUUAAUGUUUAUAGAUCUAGUUCAUGAAACUUAGACAUUAGAAUAAUCUAGUAUCAUCGAACAUCCUGCUCGAGAUUCAGGUCACAUGACCAAGGUCAAAUGUCAUCUAGGGUCAAUGAACGUAGUAUUUGAUUAUCAUAUGAUUUUUUUUUAUUAACUAUUAAUAGUUGUUUUUCAAAGUCAACACUGCUGCUCUAUUGAAUGGCGUAAUGCAGGCGAGACUGCCAGAUGCGCUCUAUUUGUUCUGUGUACUAACCUAUGGAAUCUCAAUGCUUCUAACACAACAUGACGUCACGGUCUGGAGGCCGGUGAAAAGCACAAGAAACCCUAUUUUCGAAGCCCAAUAAUUGGAGCUACCUUUGAGGAAAAUACUUUGCUUGGCAAGCGGUGGAAAUGCUUAAAGCUUGCAUUUCAGUGUAAGUAGUUUAUAAGCUUUCGAUUGGUGCAUACCAACACCUGUUAUCUUUCUACACCAGUACAUAAAGAACAGAAUCUGGAGCGACUUUCAUCCAUCCAAAAUGUAACAUCAGAUAUGUUUACUAAAGAUUACCCAUGAAAAACAUUGAUGCAUCCCUGCAUACUCCAUAUAUUGGUUUAAUUUUGGCAUACAACAAGGGAUACUUAAUCCUGUGAGCAGUUGAGCGCCAUCAACUGGUCAAGUUUCCACUGUUCACCUGAACAUAUUUCAUUUAAAAAAAAUUACUCUGGCUGUAAUACAGCUUUGAUGUAAAUCCAUUCUCCACUUGAAUAAAUCUGUAUGUGUUGCAACUUGGUGUGUUGCACAGAAGUUGUAAAUAGAAUGGA